CGCACCGACGCACCUGACCUGACUCUAGACUCACAUUGACAAACAAGACGUUGACUUUGCAACCGCUAAGCCCCUCCUACUUCCGGCCGGAGGAUGACUGAUGGACAGCUGUCAACGGGGGGAUACACGCGGCUACACUGCAAGAAUGGCGGCUAUCACCUCCAGAUCCUCCCGGACGGGACAGUCAUGGGACAGAGGAACGAGACGGACGUUCACGUAGUUCUAAGGCUGACAGCUGUGGCCCCGGGCGUGGUGGUCAUCCAAGGCCGCGAAACAGGCCGAUUUUUGGCCAUGAGCGACGAGGGCCGCUUGUACUCGACGCUUAACGCUAACGAUGAGUGUUGCUUCCUGGAGAGGGUGGAGGAGAACUUCUACAACACCUAUCAGUCUCAGAAGUAUGAGGAGAGGAAAUGGUACGUGGCCUUGAAGAAGAACGGCAAGCCUAAGCUGGGUUCCAGAACUCACAUUGGACAAAACGCCGUCUUUUUCCUUCCCCGCAAGUUGGGGGCGGACCCCGGCACGCAGUGACCCCACCACGCGUCACGCCGGCUUUCCAACAAAAAGAGGCCUUCUAUUUUCCAUCCAUUUUCAUUUUAUCCAAAAAUACUUCAAAAAAUGUGUAAUAUUUCCUACUAAGAUAUAUAUUAUGUAAUUAUAUUUCCAUGGUUAUUUUCAACAGCCUACUGUAUAAGUCUUAACACUUGUGCUAACACUGACGAGUUUGCUGCCACCUAGCGGCUAUAAUGUGAAUUGCAAGCCACUAACAGCACUUUAAAACCUAUAAUGUACAUACAAUUACAUAUAUGUCUAAUACUACACCCUCAAGUCUAGCAUACUAAUCAGAUAGUCACCAAUUCAUUGAUAUUCAACAUUCACAUAUUAACCUAUAGCGGUGUUUUUCAACCACUGUGCCGCGGCACACUAGUGUACCGUGAGAUACUGUCUGGUGUGCCGUGGGAGAUUAUGCAAUUUCACCUAAUUGGGUUAAAAAUAUUUUUUGCAAACCAGUAAUUAUAAUCCACAAAUGUGCCGUUGUUGAGUGUCGGCGCUGUCUAAAGCUCGGCAGAGUAACCGUGUAAUACUCUUCCAUAUCAGUAGGUGGCAGCAGGUAGCUAAUUGCUUUGUAGACGUCGGGAACAUGGUUUGUGGUGAUCACAAUAUGCGGGAGGCAUUCUGUGGGUAAAAAGGUAUCUAACAUUUAAACCAAAAAUAAACAAAAGGCGAGUGCCGCUAAGAAAAGGGAUUGAAGCAAAACUAAACUAAAACUGAACUGGCUGCAAAGUAAACAAAAAUAGAAUGCUGGACGACAGCAAAGACUUACAGCGUGUGGAGCAGCAGAAAAAAAAACCUUGUAUUGUGUUAACUUGUGAAUCAAAGUGUACAUUUUGAAGAAUUAAGGUAAUUACUAAUUAAAUAAGUCACUAAUUUAUAGAUAUUAGACAUUGGCAAAAUAACAGUUUGCAUCUCCACUGAGCUAAUAAGCUAAGCAGUUAGCUACUAACACCUCACAAAGUAAACAAAAUAUCUAAAACACCUCAUUGUCGAUUAUGUGUUCAUUAACCUGUUGAAGCAAAACGAAAUUAAAACUGAACUGGCUGCCAAGUAAACAAAAAUAGAAUGCUGGACAACAGCAAAGACUUACAGCGUGUGGAGCAGCAGAAAAAAACAACCUUGUAUUGUGUUAACUUGUGAAUCAAAGUGUACAUUUUGAAGAAUUAAGGUAAUUACUAAUUAAAUAAGUCACUAAUUUAUAGAUAUUAGACAUUGGCAAAAUAACAGUUUGCAUCUCCACUGAGCUAACAGGCUAAGCAGUUAGCU